CGCAUUCGCAAACGUAAAACGUCCUUCCCGUUGCCUGAUCAUGUCGUCCCAGUUGGAACUCUCCUGGCCAGCGGAAUCGCAGCAUGUUAUCUUUCGAGAACUUGGAACCCACUAUAACCGUCAAGGGCGCUACCGGGUGGCCACUACCAAUUUUAACAAAGCCGUUCAAGCCAAUCCGUACGCCGUCGAUUGCCACUACCGGAAGAGUGUGGCCCAGUUCCGGAACUCCGACCUGGACGAUGCCCUGCGCAGUGCUCGCGAUGGACUUGCGGUGGAACGGGACGAGUUGGAUCCCCGGGGGGAAGAUUUUCCCUGUUCGCUGCAGGAAUGCCGGACGGUGUUCGAGCUGGAUCAGUUCGAGGAGCAUGUUAAGGUAACGUCGAAUCGGAGCAAGCACUUCGAAGGGCACCGGUUGAAUGAUAUGCAAGCGGAGUUGCGGUUGGCCUUUCGCAAUUAUGAGAAUGUUCUGGGAAAGCGUGCCGGGCCUUGUUUGUAUCAGCAAAGAAGCAGGCUGAAGAUAAACAAGGAAGAGCAGAAGAUGGAGGGUCCCGACGGUAAGAAGGAAUGCGAUGUCUUAAGCGUGGUGGAAAUGAUUGUGAAGGAACCGCACGUAAGGGAUGUGAAGAGAAAGGAAAAGAAUCUCAGAAUGCUGGGUCAGGUGUAUCUGAACCACGGUUGGAAGGAUUUGGAGUUCUUGAGCUCGUUGAGGAAAGGAGGGGUUUGGGAGAAGGUGGUGAAUCUCGCCGAAGCGGAGGAGAGUUCGAAGGUUUUGUCGGGUAAGAUCGAUCAGUGUUACAAGCGAGUUGACGCUGGAUUGCGCAGUCUUCAGGCAAGAACUCCCUUCUAUACAUACCGCCGGAAUAGAUUCAGAUGUACAGAGAAAUCUGAUGCUUAUUUGUUGGAUGACAUGUUCAAGAUUCGAUAUAAAACGUAUAGAGACGUGCACAACCAGUUGGAUCGCAUGCACGAACUACGUGACCAGGGAGACUUAAAACAAUUACUAGCGUAUGCGAACGAUGUCCUGUGGUUUUACUAUCAGACCAAAACAGAACGAGUAUUUCCGGACCGGUACAAGUUCGUGAAUGAAGUUUGUAACCUGAUUGGUUUGGCAAUAAUAGACAGCUUUCAAAUUCCGCCGACGCUAAUGGACGAGCGUUUGAAGGACCGCUUGACAAUUCUGUUCAAUCUCAAACCGACAAAGGAUGAAGAAGAUGUCGUGAUACCAAUUUUUGGCGACAAAUCAACCUACCGUGACCCAGCUGCUCCGGAUUAUGGCUACAUUUCUUACAAAAACAAAUUAACAGUCCUGGAGAAACGCGUUCCCUACUCGCGUUAUGCAAUCGAAAGAGCUUUCUUGUACCACGAGAUGUGUCGACAUCAUUUGGAGGCCAGCAAGUUGGACGAAACUCGUAUUAUGGCAAGGCGUGUCAUUGAAGAAGCUACCCAAAGUGGAAGUAAUUUGUGGAAAUUUUUGGGCGUGUUAGCCAUCGUUCGGGCCGAUUGUACACAACUGAACCUAGAGAAGCUGGUCGAUUCGCUGGAGGAAGCCAGCGACGCUGUGCUGGCACUGGAAGACGAAAGACUGGAUCAUGUGAUUCAGGUGGCAAAAAUUAUCAACAACAAACUGAUGGCCCAGAAAAUGGAACAGCGUACGUCUGUGGAAAUCAAACGCACUAAAUUGGAUUGAACACGUUCCUGAUAUAUUUGAAAAAUUGUCGAUAGCGUCUCGAAAUAAUAAACCUCACAGCGGGCUCAAGUGACUCUCGAUUCGAAUUCAUUGAUCCCCAUUCAUCGCAGCAUUUAGCGAGAGCACUUUUGCCAUUGUGUGCACUUGUAUGGGCGCAGACGCCGAAAGUCCGUUUGAACUCCGCACUCGCGAUGCAGUUGCACUUUUCCGAAAACCGGCAGGACGUGGUGACGGAACAAGGACAUCCCAUACAGUGCGACGCGAUCCCAGAAGCAGAUGUUCGUCCGAACCGGAUCGGUACAAGGGCCACUUGUGGCUUUCGCUGGUAAGUUUGGCUGUUGGUGCCACCUUUUUUCCCGGUCGAUGUCGGUAUGGAAAUAACGAAAAUGCGUUGCGCUGAAAGAGCAUAAAACAAAAAAAACAAGAGUCCUUCACGCAUAUCGUUGCAGCAUGGACCGACCGGGAUGGCGAUUAUUAUGAUGACGGCGCGAUGCGAUGAUGGGCACGUGUCAAUAUCGCUGUGAGCAAGAGGCGUCGUCAUUUGUAUCCCGGUGCGGGCCAACGCGCGGUGGGUAGUUUGUUUGUUCUCCCGUGGAAAGGGUCCGAAAUCCAGCGUCAUUAUUUGGACGAAAAACAAAUAGGAGUAGCGCCGGAUUAGAAAUUGUCCUUCGCGUCUCCAUACGGUGCGCGCAGCGGGACGGACUAUGAUGCGUAUUUAGAACCCGAUCGAAGCGAUUACGACACGUCCGUGGAUAUGUUUUCGGGCUGAAAGGGGUAGCCUCGAUGCAAAUCAAAUUAAUUAAAAACGCUCUUGGCGCUGUUUCUCGCUCGGGAGGUAGCCGGCAGCGCCAGCGGGUAGCCGCGAUAUCUGUUCGUCGAGAUCUAUGAUAGCGGGAUUGGAAUGGAGGGAUGGUUUUCAUCCAUGAAUUGUUCCAGUCAGUGGAUUGUUAAUGAUACUGUGAGAGGGUCCAUUUGAGAAAUAUUCAAGUAGCGGUACAAAUGUUAGU